AUGGCGAGAUCUGCUGCUCUGGUGGCCGUUCUGGUGGCCAUGGUUAUGGCCGUCCAGUUCGCAAGCAUUGCCGAUGCAAAAUACAACAGCUACCUGAGGGUGUACGAGCAGCCGCUGUGCCGCGGGCGUUCCGAGAAGUAUGAGGCUUGUGGUUGUCACAACCUCAAGUACGAUGGCGGAUACAAAUACGAUUACAACGAGAAGCAUGAUCCGGAGUCCAGCGUCACACUGUACAAGGACUAUAACUGCCAGGGCUAUGGACGCACGUUGCUUCAAGCUGAUCGGGAACGUUGCUGGACAAUCCGAUACAACAGUGUCUACAUCCACUGUUGA